AGCCAGGCCAGCAACAGACACCAAAGACAGAGACGCUGAGUAGGCCACCUUUCUACUGUCACCACGAUGAAGCUGCUUGCAAUGACCGUGCUUCUCCUUACCAUCUGUAGCCUUGAAGGGGCUUUGGUUCGGAGACAGGCUGAGGAGCCAACUCUGCAGAGCCUUUUCUCUCAGUACCUCCAGACUGUGACGGACUAUGGCAAGGACCUGGUGGAGAAGGCCAAGGGCCCAGAGCUUCAAGCCCAGGCCAAGGCCUACUUUGAAAAGACGCAGGAACAGCUGACACCCCUGGUCAAGAAGGCUGGAACUGAUCUGAUUAACUUCUUGAGCAAUUUCAUGGACCUCAAAAAAACACAGCCUGCUGAGCAGUGAGGAGACCGUACCAUUUCUUCCAACCCCAGGGACCAGGCCUAGUGUCCCUCUCCCUACCAACUCCCCAUUUUCUACAAUAAAUGUGGAAGGAAUCAAA